AUGUAUGAUUUUUUGAAUCAUAUUGAAGUUUCCUAUCCAAGUUAUCUCUGGAGUCACACAGGAUGGAUUGAAAAUUUAGAUGUUUUUUAUGACAUUGAUCAAUGGAGAUAUGAAAAGUUGAGAGUUCAUGUUGUCCCAUUCUCUCACAAUGAUCCAGGAUGGAAAUUGACGCCUGAUUCAUAUUUUUCUGCAUUUACAAAAAACAUUUUGGAUAUUGUUUUGGAUAAACUUCAUUUUAAUGAAGAAAUGACUUUUACGUGGUCUGAAGUCAUACUAUUAAAGAGAUGGUAUAAUUCACUUUCAUUGCCAAACAAAGAAAAAUUUAAAAGCUUGGUUAGGAAUGGUAGAUUUGAGAUUGUAACUGGAGGCAUGGUUAUGGUAGACGAAGCGUUAGUUCAUUAUGAAUCUAUGGUUGACCAGCUGAUCAGUGGUCAUCAAUGGAUUCAAAAAGAACUCAAUUAUAAAGUGAAAUCAGCUUGGUCACUUGAUUCGUUUGGACAUUCUCCAACUUUGACUUAUUUAUUAAAGAAAUCGGGAAUACAAAACUUGUUCAUUCAACGUACUCACUACAGCGUGAAAAGAGUUCUAUCAACUACAAAGAAAAUUGAAUUCAAUUGGAUUACCAGCAAGGAUGAGAGCUUAUUUACUCACAUGAGUCCAUUCACAUUAUAUUCAACAUCGCAUUCGUGCGGACCUGAUGUUGAUGUAUGUUGCCAGUUUGACUUUACAAAAAGAAGGUGUUGGCAAUGGGGGACAUAUGUUGAUGCUGACGAAAUAACAAAUGAUAACAUCGUCGAAAAGUCACAAAUGUUGUUGGAUCAAUUGCGAAAAAAAGUUCAAUUUGUUAACCACAAUGAUGUUUAUCUUUUGGUUGGAGAUGAUUUCAGUUUUAGUAACACUUUGGAUUGGGAAAUUCAAUGGAAUAAUAUGUUGAAAUUAUUCAAUCACAUGAAUGAGUACGAGCAUUAUAAUGUUGAAUUUAGAUUUUCAACAAUUGGAAAUUACUUAAGAUCUGCGGAAGCUAAAUUAAAAGGAAUGAAUUUUUCAAUUCCUUAUCUGGAUGGCGACUUCUAUCCAUACUCAGAUCGAUCUGAUCAAUAUUGGUCAGGUUUCUACAGCAGUCGGCCUUUUUUAAAGCAAUUAAUUAGAAAUUGUCAGUCCUUGGUUAGGUAA